GGAGCAGAGUCGCCGGGACAAGGGGAGCAGUGCAGCGUGGGGCAGCGGGGGGUGGCCAGGACACCCCACAAACCAUCAUGAGCCGGCUCCUGGGCACUAUCCUGCUGCUCCUGGUGCUGCCCGAUGCUGCUGGGGGACAGGAGAGCUGUGCUGGCCUGCAGCGGGGUGAUAGUCAGAACCAUUGCUGCAAGAUGGAGGUGCUGGAGGAGCCAGGCAACUGGACCCCCAGCCCGGACUUGCCCCAGCACUGCCCAGAGCUGGGACGCUCCGGCAGGCCCGCUUGCGCCUGCCUGCGGGAGCGCUGGCUCAGGUUGCUGCAGUCAGCAGGGCCAGCACUGCGCGGGGGGCUGGCCGGGCUGAAGGUGCUGCUCCUGAACGUCAGCAGGGCUGUCACCCAAGAUGUCCUCAUCACCUUUUCCCCCACGGAGGGCCCCAGGAUGCUGAACACGAUGGAGAAGGGGAAAGCAGGCAAAAUCCAGCUCCCCAGGGAGCUAUUCAGGUCCCUGAGCAGCCAGAGAGUGCGUGUGGUGGUGAUGGUCCUCAACACCCAGCAGCUUGGCAUGUUCAAGGAGGCCAACCAGACGGGGCAGGUCCUGGAUGACACUGUGGUGGGCAUCAUGGUGGGAAAGACGAGCAUCUCGGGGCUGCAGGACCCUGUGCGGCUUACCUUUGCCCACGGGCAGCUGCCCCACGGCAUCACCCCACAAUGUGUCUUCUGGGACCCCAGCAAAGGGCAGGCAGGAGGCUGGAGAAACACCGGAUGUGUCAUGCAGCCCGGGGACAAGGGGACAGUCUGCUCCUGUGACCACCUCACCUUCUUCACCCUCCUUCUGAAUCCAGCUCUGGACAGGUCCACAGCAAAAGGCUUGAUGGCUGUUGCCACUGUGGGCUGCUGGGUGGCCAUGGUUUUCUCCAUCUUCACCAUCACCUUCUGCAUCUUCUUAAGGUGCAGGUUUAGGUCCGAGGAGACCCUCCGCAUCAACCUGGGGCUGCACAUGAACCUCGUGGGCAGCCUGCUCCUCCUCAACCUGGCCUUCCUGCUCAAUAGCAGGCUCUCCCAUGGGAGCCAGGCAGGGACCUGCAAGGUCCUGGCAGGGCUCACCCACUACUGCCUGCUCUGCUGCUUCACCUGGAUGGCACUGGAGGGCUGUCACCUCUACCUCCUCUUCGUCAAGGUCCUUGGCAUCUACAUCCGCCACUACCUAGCAAAGCUGUGCCUGGUCGGCUGGGGUGAGCACCACCAGCCUGGGUUUCCCUGCUCUCGUGGUGGGGGUGGCAGGAGCCAUUGGCAGCUACGGACCACACAGGAUCCAGACUGGGGAGCACCAGGUCAUAGCCCACCUGUGCUGGAUCACUUCCAAACAUGUCCUGGUCCACUACAUCACCAACUGCGGCUACUUUGGUCUCAUCUUUCUCUUCAACAUGGCCAUCUUCGGGGUGGUGACUUGGAAGAGCUGCUACCUGCAGGGCAUGGGGGCGGCGCAGGGGGGCCACAAGGCCUGGAAGGUGGCCCUGGUGGCGGUGGGGCUCUUCUGCCUGCUGGGAGCCACCUGGGCCCUGGCAUUCCUCACCUACAGCACCUCCUCUGCGCCCAUACUCUACCUCUUCACCAUUCUCAACUCUCUCCAAGGAAUCUUCAUAUUCAUCUGGCUGGUUGCCCUCUACUACCCGAAGACAAAGGAGGCCACUGGCUCCCUCUCCCACAUCAUCAGACAUGACAAAACCACCAUGGCCUCCUAGGUCUGACCCAGAUCUCCCUCCCUGCCUGCACGCAUGCCUGCAGGGAGCAAGCUUCCAUCCCGAGGGAUGUAGUUUCCUCGCAGAGGGCUGCAUUUACUGUGCCUCAGUUUACCCUUCAGUGGGCAUGAUCCACCUUAGCAGGGCUCUUUGCUUCGGCCCUUUCAUUCCUAGUGGCCUGCCUUGGGCAAGGAGCUCCUGAGACGUCCCUUCUGUCCAAGUCCCUCCAGGCUGCAGCUCCUCCGUGCUCUUGAAGUGCCCCUGAUCUCAUUCCCCGGGGGUCUUGCAGGGGCAAGGAGGGAGCCCCCAAACCCCCUGCCUUCCUCCAGGACAGCCUUUGGCGCUGGACCAGCCUCGUGGUGGGGGUUUCUGCUGUUGGAGGUUGACUUGCUCCAGCACAGACUGGGGAGGUUUAGGGCUGGGUAUUAGUGAAAAACAGAGAAGUCCCGUAAGCUUUUUUGAGAUACGACCCCUCCAAAGAGACCUGGGCUGAGCUCUUCGGGCAGGGAUUUGCUGUAUUUCCCUCCUGCAAAGCCCCCUCUGGGGCCAGCAAUGAUUUCUGCAAGGACCCCAUGCUUCAGCUGAGCCCCCUCGCAGGGAAACACACAUCUCCUUAUCUGUGUUUUAGUAUAAAACCUCCGCCGGCUGCCUGAGCACUGUGGAUUUAGCCUUUGAUGCUUACAAUAUCAUUUGUUAUUUACUUUUUAUUAAGGAUGUAUUGAUGGGCAAAAAUUUUGCUGGAAAUUUAUCAUCAUUCAGAAGGAAGGAAUCAGCACGGAGAGGUGCGCGCAUGGAGCAGCCCUUUCUCUGCUAAUGCUGCCUUCGUGUCACACAGAACCAUGCAAAGUCCGUCCUGGGUGCCUCUGGGGAGGGGGGAAGCAGGAGGAAGGAACCUCCCAUCCCUCUCCUGCACUCUGGGUUUCGUGAAAUCUAUUCUCUGUAAAUGAGACCAAAACGCCUCAAUCCCCCGCUCUGCACAGUGGAGAUGUCCCUUCUGCCAAAGUCUCUCCAGCUGACGCUCCCCCAUAGCCUUGAAGCGCCCUCAUCUCUGGGGCUCUGCCCCUGCCAAAACCUUGCCCAGAGUAAGGAAGAGUCUGGGCAGGAACCCGCAUUACCCUCCAGCCCCAGCCCAGAUGCAGGGCUGGCGGCAGCCAGAUCCUGCAGAGCGCAGCAGCAUGCCCCCACCUACUUUUACACAAGAGCUGCUCCUGCACCCCAGUUUUCCUGGGUAUGUGUUUUGAGUCUAGAGAGGGUCAGGAGGGGAUGAGAAGGUCCUAGGGAUGCUACAGGGAACAGAAACACCCUGAUAUGACUCAGCCUUCAAGCACCAUUUGCAUCCAACCAUUGCCGCCUUCCCAAAAUAUCCCUGCAAAGACACAGGCAAGAGCCUCUCUGCUACUGCCGUGUUUAUUUGGAAACAGAG